GUUAUUGUUCUGUUUGUGUCUGCAGCUCAGAUCGAGGUGAUCCCAUGUAAGAUCUGUGGAGAUAAGUCAUCAGGGGUUCAUUAUGGAGUUAUCACUUGUGAGGGCUGCAAGGGCUUCUUUCGCAGAAGCCAGUCCUCCAGCGUGCAGUACUCCUGCUCCAGACAGAGCAACUGUCCUAUCGACCGAGCCAGCCGUAACCGCUGCCAGAGCUGUCGCCUCAAAAAAUGUGUCGCUCAGGGAAUGAGCCGCGAUGCGGUGAAGUUUGGCCGGAUGUCUAAGCGCCAGAGAGACUCUCUGUUUGCAGAAGUUGAGAGACACCGGCAGCAGCAGCGUCUUCAGGCCAACUCAGUGCAAGAGCCCCAGCCUCUUCCAGCCUACCGAUCCAGCAAAGAGCCCAGAGAACAGUCGUCACAUCUCAUCCCACCUCUACCUCCAUCCUACCCUUACUCUGUCGAGCCUGAACUGCAAGGCUGCCCUGCAGAGGUGCAUCCAUACCUGGAGUGUCGCAUAGGCGAGGCCCAGGCUCAGAGUCUGGCCUACAGGGGCUCCCACAGGAGAGGUGAGAGCAACAUCUUGCCAGCUGGGAGAGGAUUUGACUCCACAAGGUCUACACCAGAGGCUAUUCUGAACAUGAGCGGCAGUGAAAUGGGCUUUCGUCCUUUUGACCCUGAGAGCUCAUUCUUUUCUUACCCGACAUCUCUGCACAUAGAGGAGCUCUCUGCAAGUAUCGUACGCUCCCACCGAGAGACGACUCAGUAUCGACCGGAAGAGCUGCAGGCUCUCAGAUGGAAGGUUUUUAACAGAGAGGAGAUCCACGCUUACCAGAGCAAAUCGGUGGAUGAGAUGUGGCAGCACUGUGCGGUGCGCUUGACAGAUGCGGUUCAGUACGUGGUGGAGUUUGCUAAACGUAUCCCAGGAUUCCGUCAGCUUUGUCAGAAUGAUCAGAUUGCUCUCCUCAAGAGUGGGUCUAUGGAAGUGGUACUCGUCCGGAUGAGCCGGAUGUUUAACACAGAAAACAACACAGUAUUCUUUGACGGCAAAUUUGCAGGAACAGAACUUUUUAAAUCCCUCG